AAGCGCGAGGAUGGCACGCCUAAAUCGGCGGGCGGCAAGUAUCUCCUAGAUACUCUUAGCAAUGCUGGUUCUUUCAACCCUGCUCAGAAAGAUCUAGGCGACUACGAGUUCAAUUUGGUAGCUAGUAGAACAGAUCCAUGUCAGGCAUUUACCCUAAGCGAACAAGUAUCGACACGAAAGAAGCGCGAGGAUGGCACGCCGUUCUCCGGCGACGGCACAAGUGCAGACUCGGCGACGGUAGAAGCGCAAGCAGGUGUGGUCUCCACCGCAGCGACCGCGAAAUCUCGAGGAGGAACAGACACAGAGGGCGCAAAGCAGAAUAGGCAGGAUAGCGAAAGCGCACCACUUCCGGCCACGCCUCCAGCAAAUGGAAAGAUGCUAGCGUCUUCGACGAAAAAUGCCUCAACAGACGCUGCUGCGUCCGCGAACACUGUUUCCCCGACGUCAACCGUUCCUACAUCGACUGAUUCCUCUAGGGAGCGUGCGGACAGCAUGUCGAACAAGGGUAAAAAUGGCAAGCAACAGUUCCGAUCUGCGGAUCCGGGACCCGAGGACCUCCGCCCAAGCACUCCGCCAGAAAAGAAGGUGCCCGCCGAUACGCCUCCGGGGGAGAGCGGGCGCACUGGGACGACCUCCUCGACUACUGCAUCACCCGAGGAGCAGCGCACCCCGGAUGCGCGCGAAACAGGAAAGGAUUAAGGCUAGUAUAUCACUAUCGUAGAUCAUUAUUCUUCUAGUGUGAGGUAUCGGUAUCCUGAGUUCUUGUGGGGUUCCCCAUUUAUCUGCAAAGGGAAAACUGAGUAGGGGAAAAAGGGCAACUCACCCAACCCUGGGUAGUGAUUCCUUAGCGAUUCCUUAGCGUUAAAAGGAGCAACAAGCGGGGCGAAAAAGCGGGGGUCAUGGAGAUUCGAAGCCUUCGUUUCUAGACGCUCUCACGAAGUCCGCGUCUCCAACGUCUUCCUUGAAGAAAAAGCGCGCAGGAGUCGGUGGAAACCCGAAGCCAUCUCCGCGUGCGCGUGCGUCUCCACGACCGAAUCACGGAUCUAGUAGAGGCCCACAGCUGCUCACCUCUAGUGUGGAAAAGGUGCUCGCGCGUUCCCCGGCACACCUCGCUUCGUCGCAGGAAGCGGUACUUCUACAUUUUCUUAAAUUGUUUAAUCACCUAGAUGACAUUUUUUAUUGUUUUACUACCCUUUUCUCUUUUCUAUCUUCCUCUGGUCUUCCUUUUUUGUAGUUAGGUCUGCUCCACCACAGUUAUUGCUUAAUCACCUAGAUGACACUACAUCUUCCGUUGUGUGCCAGUCUGCAGGUAAAGUUCCACUUUAUGAGAAGAUAUUACUCGUCCCGUUGAUUUUUCCUGCUAAUACUGCGUUGUGGCUACUAGGAUACAGAUAUCUAGGUCAGAGUGUCUCUAUGUCUGUUUCUAUCCAACCGCCCACCAGCCCGUCCUGAUGCCGCCUCCGCUGAGCAGCACAAAGCAUUUUCCAGAGUUGUCGCUGUCUCAGAGUAGCCUGAAACUGGAGUCCCUGUCUCCGGGUUCGUCGGGUGGGAGCGGCUCAGGCCUGAAUCGCAGUAUGCGUUCCAGUGGGGGCUCGGAGAACGCUAAGUCCGGCACAGGACACGCUUCGGCUGCGGCAACAGGGACCAACGACGCCGUACAGCGCGCCUCGCCGACUGCCUCUGGUCGUCCGGUCACAUCGACGCCAGAGGGUCCCGCAAGAAGAAGCGGCGGGAACAAUAAGCUCAGUGCUACAGUGGCAAGUGGACGAGGCAAGCCAGGGGGACUCACAUCAAGCCAGGAGGAGGCUAGGCGGGGCGUCAAACUAGCACCAGGGACUACGAAAAACGGCGAUGCGAAUGCGUCUCUAAAUAAUAAUAAAUCGUCUAGUAGUAGUAAGAAGCAGCUAGUAUCCCCAGCACUGUCGCAAAGCCGAAGUGGAGUUUCGCGUUCUGGAAAGCCGACAUCGAGCGUUGCGGACAGCUGCGACGGACUGUCGCUGGACGCGAUGCCUCACGGCAACGUAGCGGAACAAUUAAGGCUCACGACAAUUCAUCUUCAAAGAGGUUUUUUUCUUGGUUUCCUUCUUGGACUCUGAGAAUAUUUAAAGGUAGAAUAGAAGGUUUAAAGGUUUUUGAGCGCUAAAACAAGGUAAGAUCGGUGGCCCUGCGCCGACCCGUGCAGACGGCUUUCGACGACGCAAAAAUCAACCAAAUGAUGCUGCAAAGUCCGGCGCCCACUCG